GCGUUAAAGAUGGAGAGAAUGAAGAGACGUCUGAAGAUAAGGAACCUGCUGGUGCGGGAAUGUAUGAGUGAAUUUUUGGGUACAUUCAUCCUCAUAAUGUUUGGUUGUGGAGCAAUGGCCCAGAUGAAGACAAGCCGGGGGCUAAAGGGCCAGUACCUGUCGGUCAAUAUCGCCUUUGCAGUUGCUGUCAUGGUCGCCAUGUAUCUGAGCAGGGGCAUCUCGGGGGCUCAUCUGAAUCCAGCUCUGUCUCUCAGCUGUUGUGUGUUGGGGAAACUGGCCUGGUCCCGGCUCCUGCCUUACUCCUUCUCUCAGCUCCUAGGAGCCUAUGCAGGUGCCUCUGUAGUCUUCCUCAUGUACUAUGAUGCUAUUAUGGACUACAGCGGAGGAGCCCUGACAGUGUUGGGACCAAAUGAAACGGCAUCCAUUUUUGCCACCUAUCCAUCCAGUUUCCUCUCUUUGGGCAGCAGUUUCUUUGACCAGAUGAUUGGCACAGGCAUGAUAAUGCUUUGCUACCUGCCGCUGGUGGACCACCACAACAGUCCCGCCCCACAGGACCUGGUGCCCCUGUUGGUGGGUGUUGUGUUUAUGGGCGUCUCCAUGUCCAUGUUUUCUAACUGCGGGGGCGGCAUGAACCCGGCCCGAGACCUGGGACCCCGCCUCUUCAUGCUGUCUGCAGGCUGGGGCACAGAGGUCUUCACGUGCAACAACUACUGGUUCUGGGUCCCUAUCGUGGCCCCCUUGGUGGGGGCCAUCCUGGGCUCUUGGGUCUACCUGAUCUUCAUUCAGUGGCACCUGCCCGACCCUGAGCAGGAUGAGCCCGGCAACGACCUCAGACUGGCAACCAUUAUGCAAAACGGAGUAGAGCUGGCCCAGAGGUUUUAA